AUGGCGAACAAACCUAACAAACUGGCCUUCCUGUCGCAACCUGCACCAGCUUCUUAUGUUGCUGGUCUUGGUCGAGGUGCCUCCGGGUUCACGACUCGGUCAGAUAUCGGUCCUGCCAGGGAAGGUCCUUCAGCAGAAGCCAUUGCCGAGGCUCAAGCAAAACGAGGUGAAGAACCUGAAUAUGACCCGGACCAAUUCCAGGAUCCAGAUAACGAAAUGGGUUUGUUUGCUGGUAUGACUUACGAAGCGGAUGAUGAAGAAGCGGAUCGGAUAUAUGAGUUGGUGGAUAAGAAUAUGGAUGCUCGACGGAGAGCACGAAGGUGUAAACGUGAAGCGGAAGAACUAGCGAAACAUCGUUCGGAACGACCGAAGAUCCAGCAGCAGUUUGCGGAUUUGAAGAGAGGGCUUUCGUCGGUGACUGAUGAAGAGUGGGAUAGUAUACCGGAGGUUGGGAACCUUACGCGGAAGAAGAGGAAGAAGGAUGAGAGGAGCUUCGUUGUUCCGGAUAGUGUGCUUGUAGGCGAUAGGUCUAAGACGGAGUAUGAGAGUGCUCUUGAUCCUAUGCAACAAGAGAACGGUGGUCUCGUAACUCCAGCAGAAUCCGGCACCCUUACCAACUUCGUAGAGAUUGGUCAAGCUCGCGAUAAGAUCCUCUCGCUCAAACUCGACCAGAUUUCCGGUACCUCUACGACUUCUGGUACCUCCACCUCGAUCGACCCGAAGGGUUACCUAACAGAUCUUGCCAGCGUCGUACACAAAACCGAGGCUGAAAUAGGCGACAUCAAACGCGCUCGCAUGCUCUUUGACUCGCUCGUGAAAUCAAACCCGAAGCAUGCGCCUGGGUGGAUUGCUGCAGCUUGUGUGGAGGAACACGCUGGUAGAAUGGUCGCUGCUCGGAAACUUAUCAAAGCUGGAUGCGAGAAUUGUCCGAAGAGUGAAGAUGUGUGGUUAGAGGCGGCUCGGUUACACAAUACUCAAGAUGCUAAAGUUAUUUUAGCCAACGCUGUACAACAUGUCCCGCAAAGUGUCAAAGUUUGGUUAAAGGCAGCUUCCUUGGAGCAGGAAACCAAAUCCAAGAAGCGCGUGCUACGGAAAGCUCUUGAACAAAUACCGAAUUCUGUUCGGUUAUGGAAAGAAACAGUCAACCUCGAAGAGUCAAUCACAGACGCCCGUAUUCUCCUUGCUCGUGCAGUCGAAGUUAUCCCUCUCUCCGUCGAACUGUGGCUCGCUCUCGCACGUCUCGAGACACCCGAAAAAGCAAAAGCCGUACUCAACAAAGCACGCAAAGCUAUUCCAACCUCUCACGAAAUCUGGAUAGCUGCCGGACGACUACUAGAACAAGAAGCCCACUCAGAAGGGAAGUCCGAAUCCCAACGCACGAAAGAGCUCGAGCAAGUAGACAAAACCAUCGAAGCAGGCGUACGCGGACUCCGUCGACAUCAAGUCCUUCUCACCCGCGAACAAUGGUUAAAAGAGGCUGAACGAUGUGAGAGUGAAGGGUCACCCCGGACGUGUGAGGCGAUUAUCAAAGCGACUGUGGGUAUGGAGAUUGAAGAGGCUGAUAGACUUGAUACGUGGGUUGGUGAUGCGGAGAGUGCGGAGGAGAGAGGGAUGAUUGGGACUGCUAGAGCGAUACUUGCGUAUGCGCUUAAGGUUUUCCCUGAUAGACGGAUGUUGUGGGAGAAGGCGGCUGCUCUUGAGAAGUCUCAUGGGACUCGUGAAUCACUCGACGCUGUACUCGCUCGGGCUGUACAUCACUGUCCUCAAGCAGAAGACCUCUGGCUCAUGUCCGCCAAAGAGAGGUGGCUAGCAGACGACGUACCAGGCGCGCGUGAAGUUCUCGAAAAGGCGUUCGUUGCGAACCCGGAUAGCGAGAAGAUUUGGUUGGCUGCUGUUAAGCUCGAGGCGGAGAAUGGCGAGUUCGACGUUGCGCGUGAGUUGCUCACGCGUGCGAGGAAGGUAGCGGAUACCGAAAGGAUUUGGAUGAAAUCCGCCGUCUUCGAACGCCAACAAGGCCAAUACACAACAGCACUCUCAAUCCUCGACCAAGCAAUCAAGAAAUACCCCAAAUUCUCUAAACUCUACAUGAUCCAAGGCCAAAUCCACCAAUCCAAUCAAUCCAACCAAUCCAAUCAACUCAACCAACCCAACAACAACAACUCAAACAACUCAAACAAAAACUACGCAGCUGCACGCGCUUCCUACGCAGCAGGUCUCAAAUCCUGUCCCAAAGACGUCACACUCUGGAUCUUAGCAAGUAAGUUAGAAGAAGCAGACGGGAAGAGUAUCAAAGCGCGUGCCCUACUAGAUAAAGCUCGACUCGUAAACCCAGGUAGUGAGCGAUUAUGGGCUGAAGCAGUUGGUGUCGAAGAACGUGCAGGUAGUGCUCAACAAGCAAAGACUGUCCUCGCGAGAGGGUUACAAGAAUGUCCUACCUCAGGAACACUUUGGGCUAUGGCAAUUUGGUCUGAACCUCGUCCUACGAGGAAAGCUCGCUCUGCAGACGCGUUAAGGAAAUGUUCGGGUGAUGCACUUGUGAUAUGUGCUGUUGCGAGGUUGUUUUGGGCGGAGAGGAAGGUGGAGAAGGCGAGGCAGUGGUUUGCGAGGGCUUGUGCGACGGAUCCGGAUAAGGGGGAUUGUUGGGCUUGGUGGAUGAAGUUUGAGAGGGAACAUGGUGGUGAGGAGAGGAGGAGGGAGGUGGAGGAGAGGUGUGUGAGUGCGGAGCCGAGGCAUGGGGAUGUUUGGCAGAGUGUUGUGAAGGACCCUGGGAAUUUUGGGAGGAAGACGGGGGAGGUGCUUGGGAUGGUUGCGGAUAGACUUGAGUAG